AUGAGUACUAUCAGGCAAACAUCCAAGAGAGCUCCAAUUCUUGCAAUGGACAGGAGAAAUCUAGGAUCGGAAAUCCCUGCAGAAGUAGCUUUCUGUAUUUGUGCUAUUAGGGAAACCUUUGAAGAAUCAGGGAUUCUACUUGUGAAGCCAAAUGCCUCUGAAACAUGUUUGAGCAGCCAAGGGGCCAUAAAGCUUACACAUAAGAAAAAAGAACUUAUACAUUGGAGGCCGCUCGUGCGGAAAAAUGCAGCAAAUUUUAUAAAACUUUGCAAACAGCUGGACUGUAUACCAAAUAUUUGGGCAUUGAAGGAGUGGAGUAAUUGGUUAAACCCUACUUAUAUGGAGGGAAAACGUUUUGACACUGCAUUCUUCAUCUGUUGUUUGCAAGAGAUUCCUUUCACAAUGCAAGAUGGCUAUGAAACCGUUUCCUACAACUGGAUGUCCCCACCUGAUUUUAUUGAGGGCUACAAUUCAGAGAAAUUUUACAUUCCUUCCCCACAGUGGUAUGAACUGGGCAGACUCUGCCGAUUACCCCAUUUCCAAGAUCUGCAGAGGUUUUGCCAUUAUCGGGCAUUGGAAGGCUGUGAGCGAUGGCUCCCAAUCCGUCUCCUCGCUUCUGAUGGCUAUGCAAUUUUGUAUCCUGGUGAUGAACUUUAUCCAGAGGAUCCUGAUUACAUCAGCAAAAAGGAAAUUAACAUCACUUCCUCGAAAACUCUGGAACAACUGAGGUUUGAGGUUCCCAAACUACAUCGCUUGGAACUAAGAGAUCCGCAUGAUAUAAUGCUGUAUGUGAAUAGUGAACCCCGGUAUAAACACCUCCAUCCACUAACUAUGGGAUCAUGUCAAAACUGUCACCUGUAA